ACAGCACGAAGGCUGACAAAAUAUAAUUUAAACCAAAACAUAUAAAAGUGUGUUUUAAAUAUUUAUUUUUAAGAAAGUUGUAAAAGUUUUAUAUAUAAUGAGUGUAGAAGAAGGGAAGAAAUUCGUAGACGUUAUGGUGCAGUGCCGUUUGGAAGAAAACCAAAAUUUCGAGUUAUUACAAGAUAAUUUGAUGUCAGUACAUCUUCCGACAAAAAGCUGGGGUUAUACAAGAGGAAAUAAAUUUUUUCUUGGUUUUGAGAAGGCUGAGAAAGAAGCAUUGAUUCGAAAAAGAAUUGUGGUAUUUCCCACUUUAAAAAUUAAAAUUUUUUUGGAUGACAAAGAAAUGGUAUUUUCACAGUUUAUAAAAUUAAAGAGUAUAGACGAAUUAAAUAGACUUUUGAAAUGUAUAGAAAACAUUGAAUUAUAA